AUGCUUUUUUUAUUUAUUUUCACAUUAUUAAUUAAAGCCUAGGCUAUAGAUAAUUUAACAAUCAACUAGGAAUAUUAAGAGACUGGUACUAUUUUCAAAUUGAUUGACUCUCAAUAUCAAGUAAUUUAGAGUGUUCAAAAUACUACUUUCUACUUUUAACCUUUCUAAAUAGAUUAAGAUAAAUAUAUAACAGUUGAGUAUGAACUAUUGUUUGAAUAGAUAGGUUGAUUUUUGGAUAUCCUCAAGAUGGAGAUGUAAAUAUAGAGUUCUCAAUCACAAAAAAUAAGAAAGAUAAUACUAGUUCUAAGAAUGAUGUAUUCUAUGAUAUUAACGGACAAUUUUUGAAGAAGGCAUAUCAAAUGAUUUAAAUAAACCCAUUUACUUUUAAUAACAAUGAUAAAUACUACAUUGAUAUUCUAAUAAGAGAUACUCAUUUUACAGAUUAUUAAUAUAUAAUUAAAAUAACAAAAACUAAUAAUAAGAAAUGUCCAAAUGACUGUGGAAAUUAAUAAUCAGGAUUAUGUUAUACAGAAAAUGGAAUUUGUGCUUGUUCUUCAUAAUAUGUAGACUUAGAUUGUUCUAGAUUAGCAACUCCCUUAUCAUUAAAACAACCUCUUAAAAAUAUAGCUAUAUAAAAAAAGGAUUAUUUCUAUUUUGAAAGAGAUUCAUUAAUCCCUAACAUAACUUUGAAUUUGGGUUUAAUGAAUUCUUAAUAUCAUGUUUCUGAUGUUUAAGCAUAUAUAAUGUAUGAAAACUUUGAAUGUGGACUAGCAAAUGAAGGAUAUUUUAAUUAUUACAUUUCUUUUCAUGAUCAAUCCUCUUAAUCUGUAUAAAUAGAUUUGUCACCAUUGAUAUAUGAUCAAUAUAUUGAAAGAUAUUAAAGAUUAUUGAUCACUGUAACAACAUAAACACCAGCUCUUAUAUAUAUUUCUCUAAGUUUAUCAUCUACUGAUGGUAAUCUUGAAAUGGAUUAAAGCUUAGUCAUUGUAUAUGUUUUAGUUUCUAUAGCAAUUAUGUUAUUGGUGGCUUGGAUUAUUAUUAUAUUGAUAAGAUAUAGAAGAAGUUCAAGAGUACAAGAUGAAACUAAUACAAUUUCUAAUUCUCAAAUCAAUAAUAAUAAUAAUAUUAAUAAUAGAAGAAAUAAAUCAAUUUUAAAUACUAAUCUUCUAGAUUAAUAUAUGCCUAAAUUAUAAUAUUCUUAAAUCUUAGAAAUCCCAGAAAUUCAAGAAUAAGAUGUUUAGGAAGCAUGUUCAGUUUGUUUAAUAGAAUAUUAAAAAUAUUGUAUUUGUAGAUUGACUCCUUGUCAUCAUAUAUUCCAUCCUGAUUGUUUAUAAUAAUGGAUAUUAAAACAUGAAAAUUGUCCUCUCUGUAGAACACCCUUAGAUCAAAAAUCAUUAAAAGAAUUGAUUGAUAAAAAUGCUAAUUAAACUUUUAAGUUUUAUUAAACAACCAACAAAUAAACUAAUUAGAAUGCUAUAUUACAAAGUUAAUUGUUCUCCAAUGCUUAGACUGAAUUAAGAAUCAUUGCUCAUAAUUCAAUUGACAAUCAAUGA